AUGGAAGAUCAAGCAGGUGAUCAGUUCUUCGUGGAUUUUGAAGAGCUGAAGAUUCAUCGGAAAGCGUCCAUUUACUACGAUCCAGUCAAGAACCCCUAUGGCGCGCCGCCUUCGGGACAGGUUUUAAUGUAUCGCCACCCCGACGGUUCUGUGAAGCGAGAACCUCCGGAACUUCCGUCGGGCGUUUCCUCUGCACAGCUCACGCAGGGCCUCGUGCCAGGGCAUGGCGACAUGGUGCUUCCACACCAGAGGCCGAUGCAAGAAGAGGAGGUGACCAGCGGCAAGGGGCAGUGCAGCCUGGAUUCCACCUUGCUUUGUUCCAAUGUCGAACAUGCUGCGCUAGCCAGGCUUGUGCCAAGCACCUUUGCUCUCCAACUUGCAGCUCUCGACCUGGGCAAGGAAACCUUGAAGGUGAAGCAGGAUGAAGGAGGCGGUAGCCGCCCCAAUUUCAGUUCUAGAAGGCGGUUGGAGAUUGAUUUUGGCACGUGUCUGAACAACGACAUGUCCAAUGAACAUCAAGAUGUGACCACCAUCCUUGCUUACCCAUGUUGGGAUGUCCAAGCAGAAAUGGGCAGGCUUGCGGUGCAGCUUGUUGAUAUCCACAUGAAUGUUCUGAAAAAUAUGACGCAUGCGGAGUUGGUGACCUUUGCAAGUCGCCAGGAAAGCUAUGGCUAUCGCUAG